UUUGUUUAUUCUUCAAUAAGCGUCGUCUUGUCUUGUUGCUCACCCAAUUAUUUCCGCCUCCGCCGCCGCCGCCGCCGCCGCCGAUCCGCCCAUGGUGCUCUUCCCUUCCGCCGACGUGCGCUACUGAAGGAGGCGCACCGCCUGAUUCCGCACCUGCACUGGUUUUUCUAACCUCAACUUCAUGAACUAGCUUCGUUCCCGCUCCUUAGGGUUUCCUUUCUUAUAUAUGCUUCAAUUUCCCGAUAGGAUUUGGUUUUGUUCAGAAAUGGAGAAUUACGAUCAUCAAAUGAGUGAAAAUAUGAAUUCCAGAGGCGGCGAAGGUGGUGGUUCUCUGUACGGAAGCUCAGUGCUCGCUCCGGUGAGCGGUUUUCAUCUCCAAUCCGGUAACUGUUUCGAUCAAUCCGACGGCCAGCAGCUUCCGAUAGUGAAAACUGAGGAUGGAAGUUUCCAGAAUCGUCUUCUCAGGUUUCACCAACCGUCCACGCUCAGAGGAGAUCAGAUUGUUCUAGAACAUCGCCGGCAACCGGAGAGCGAGAGCGUUGAUUCCAUAAAAGCGAAAAUCGUUGCUCAUCCUCAGUAUUUCAAUCUCCUGGAAGCUUACGCCGAUUGUCAAAAGGUUGGAGCCCCGCCUGAGGUGAUAGCGCGGCUGUCGUCGGUCCGGCGAGAGGUCGAGGCGAGUCAGCGAGCGACGGCGAGGAGCGACGACGAUCCGAAGGAUCCAGAACUCGAUCAAUUCAUGGAAGUCUACUGCAAUAUGCUGGUGAAGUAUCACGACGAACUGUCGAGGCCUUUCCAGGAAGCCAUGGAAUUCAUGCGACGAGUAGAAACGCAGCUCGGCACACUCACCAAUGGUGGUGUAGGAAUCUUCAAUUCUGAGGAGAAGCUGGAUCAUGGCAAUGGCAACUCCUCGGAAGAAGACCAAGACCAAGACAACGACCAUGACCACGACAAGGGCCUUCCUUGCGGGCAAAUGAUAGAUCCGCGCGCAGAAGACCGCGAGCUGAAGAACCACCUGCUGAAGAAGUACAGCGGAUACUUAACCACCCUCAAGCAGGAGCUCUCCAAGAAGAAGAAGAAAGGCAAACUCCCCAAAGACGCCCGCCAAAAGCUCCUCGCCUGGUGGGAACUACACAACAAAUGGCCAUAUCCUUCGGAAUCAGAGAAGCUGGCGUUGGCGGAGUCGACUGGUCUGGACCAGAAACAGAUAAACAACUGGUUCAUCAACCAAAGGAAACGCCACUGGAAGCCGUCGGAGGACAUGCAAUUUAUGGUGCUCGAUGCCCAAAAUGCUGCCGCGUACGGCCAUUUCGGGCCUUACCGGCUUGCGCCGUGACUUAUCGAUCGAUGUGAUCGUCGACGAAUGUCAUGUGCUGCAUCUGCUGGCUGGCUGCUCAUAUAUAUAUAUAUAUGUUUAUGAAGGUAUCAGGUAUGCGUAAUGUUGGAAGUUAAUUUAGGCAGUUCUAAAAUUAAAUCAAUAUUUUUAUAUAAUUAGCUAAGCCUGCUGGAAUAGAAAUGAAUUAAUGAUGUAGUUAAGAAUGAUCAUCGUUAUCAUAUCCAUAUAUAUAUAUAUAUAUCUAUCAUGUAGAUUUAUGGAUGUAAAUUGUGAUGGCUUUUUAAGAUUUA